AUGGCUGCAGGUGAGCAAUUUGACUACAUUAUUGUCGGUGGUGGUACAGCCGGCUGUGUCCUAGCCUCACGGCUGAAGCAAUACAACUCCUCUUUGUCGAUCUUGCUUGUCGAAGCGGGGCCCGAUGCCAGCAAUCACCCCCUCGUACCAGACGGAAGUAAAGCCACUCAGUUACUUGGAUCAGAGCUAGAUUGGACAUACGAUACAGUGCCGCAGAAGCAUCUUCAUGACCGCGUACUCUCAAACCAUGCAGGAAAAGCUCUAGGUGGUAGUACCACAAUUAACAGCGGCGGAUGGAUGCGAGGUGCAAAAGAAGAUUAUGACCUCUGGGCCAGCUUGGUCGGUGACUCUCGAUGGAGCUACCAUGGUCUCCUUCCUUACUUCCGGAAGCUUGAGCAUCACUUCGAUCCCUUUGCCGACCCUGAAGUUCACGGGUUUGAAGGUCCUAUCAAAACCGAGUCCGUAUCCUCUACAGGCCGCAGAUACCCUCUUCGUCAAUUGGUGCAAGAGGUCUGGAAUUCCGUCGGUGUAACAUAUAACUCCAACAUUAAUUCCGGCAGUCCUUACGGGCUGGUUGAGGUUGUCGAGAAUCGCGACCACGGAAUGAGACAAAUGUCGAGCUCCGUUUAUCCUCUAGACGUGGAGGUCAUGACUGAAACCCUGGUCAAGCGAGUGCUGGUGGAGGAACGCGAUGACCAAAAGGUUGCAAUAGGUGUAGUGUUGGAGGAUACGGACGAAAGCCAGAUUAUUGCACGUCAAGAGGUGAUCAUAUCUGCAGGUGCAUAUCGUACCCCUCAGCUCAUGAUGCUUUCGGGGAUUGGCCCAGCGGAGGAAUUGCGAGCCUACGGGAUCGAUAUUGUUCUCGAUCUUCCGGAUGUAGGCCGUCACUUUGCGGACCAUGUAGCAGUCUCUCAGUGGUGGCAGUUGAAGCACCCGGAGAAGGGGCUAUCAAUCGGAUCACCCGCCUUCACCGACCCAGCUUUCUUCCGAGGAAAUCCCAUUGACUUUGUGGCCUUAGAUUCAGUGCCCCUCGAUGGCCUUCGUCAAGCGUUGGUCAAGGACGACCCCAAUUCGAACCCGGAUGAGCAUCCACUCAUUGCCUCCCAGCGUGUGCAUGUGGAAACAUUCACAGUGUAUGCGGCAGGAAAUGCUCAGAACCCUACAAUUGCUACAGAUGGCACACAUAUCACGACCGGCGUAUCCUGUAUGCUUCCUACCUCUCGGGGCAGUAUCAAGCUGGCAGAUCGAGACGUCCGAAGCGCGCCUCGUAUCGAUCCUAAUUACUGUGCUACCGAGGCUGAUCGAUAUGUCCUGCGUGAGGGGCUUCGGAAAUUGCGAAAAGCCUUGCGCGACACUUCAGCGGGUCAGGAAAUGAUUGAAUCAGAAACUGUCGAAGAAAACUAUGAUCCUUUAGGUCCUGAAACAGAUGAUGAAGCUCUUGAUGAUCUCAUCCGCCGUCGAGCUGCGACACUGUAUCAUCCUACGGGCGGUGCAUGCAUGGGCAAAGUGGUUGAUGGUGAUCUACGCGUCAAAGGGAUCGAUGGGUUGCGAGUUGUCGACGCGAGCGUAAUCCCGACUCCAUUAAGCACACACAUACAGGCAUGUGUACGCAUGGGAAUGGUGGACCAGUUGUAA